UCCCCCUCCCGUUCCCCUCCUCCCGCCGCCGCCGGCCUGCGCCACCGGGCCCUGCCCGCGUGGUGUUGGCGGCGGCGGCGGCCGUCCCUUCCCCGCGCGCGGUGCCACGGCUCGGGUGGUGGCAUCCCGCGGCGGUGCUCCUCGGUCAACGAUGAUUCCGGCAGCGGCGGCUGCUCCUGGCGGCGCAGCUCCGGGUGGCCUAGAGGCGGCGGCGCAGCCCCUUGGCGGCGCGGUGGAUGGUGGCGGCGCCCUCCCAGCCUAGAUCUGGGCCCUUUUGGGCCCCCUCUGGGUCUGGGCGGGCCUGACUCGAUCUCGCCUGCGGCGGCUCCGGCGGGGGCGGUGGUGGUGCGGCUCGUGCGGGGGGUGGUGGAGACGGCGGCACGUCUACUGCAGCUCGGCGACGGGUGCUUCACGAGCCCCUUUUGGGCUCGGCCGGGCCUCGAGGGCCUGGUACGCUCCCCUUGCCGCGUCCGGUCGGUGACCGCCGAUGGCGGUGGAGGUUGUCUCCUCCGGCGUGGCUGCUCUCGCUGCCGUUCCUCGUUCCCGGCUGCUCCCUCUCGUCCUCGUUGGUCUCGCUUCGAUGACCACGGUGAGGCGGCGGUGAUGAUGGCAAGUCCGUGGUGGCGCACGUUCGUGGGUGGCUUGUCUGGUGGUGCGCGUCGGACCGUUCGGGGUUGUGGGUGUUUGGCGGAUGGGAGAAAUCCGGGCCGGCUUGCCGGCACCGACGCAGUGACGCCCGUGGGCGCCAUCGUUCCUUCCUGAAGGGCGUCGGGUCUUCCCCUUCCCCACGCCCCUCCGCGUACCGGGGGAAACCCUAGGACCUGUCCGGGCAGCAGCGUCGUCGUCGUCGUGUUCCUUCCUGAAGGUGCUACUUGGUAUGCGGAGGUUCGAGGUGCCUGGAGCGAGGUGGUACAUCUCCGGUGGGCGCAACGGUUUUGGGUUAUCAUCGUUUUCGUCGAUCCGACGUUGUGGACAUUAUUUUCUCUCUUCUUUCUCUUUUGUUUCUUUUGGGCAUGCUUGUGCUGUUUGCCCCAGCAUUGGACUCUUUGUUGUAUCGGGCGGUUGCUAUAUCAAUAUAGCGGGGCGAAAGCCUUUUUCGUAAUUUGCAAACAAGGAAAAGAGAAGAAGGAGAAGCACCAAAAGGGAUAAAAAUGAGCAAGGUGGGUGGCCAAAUCACUUGCAGUUCAUGCAAUAGGACAGGCCAUAACAUGAAAAGUUGCACAAAUAAUGCUGCUGCAACUAAGCAUCAUGGAAAUGCACAUAUUGUCAGAGAAAGGUCUAGGAAAAGGAAACUACAGAAAGAAGCCUAUGAGGCAGAAACUUCAAAGAAAUCAAAGGCUGAAGAAGUUGCAAGGCAGAGCAAGGGAAAGGCUGUAGCUCAAGACCUACAAGUGCACGAGUGCAAACGACCUACAGGCAUUCAAAUUAGGGAGCCAAAUUCACAACCGAGCUCAUUGCCUGUGUCACAACCAAGCUCGCUGAAAUAUGAUAAGAAUGCUCCAGGCAGCAAGGCUAGAUCAGCAAAGGUUCAGAGAAGUGCUGCUACUCCAUUUGUUCCACCUAAACAAGUUACAAAUUUGCCACAACAUUGUGUCUUCAAUUUGGCUGGAUACAAAGAAGCUAAGAAAGGCAGAGCAGGUCCUCCAGUUUGAUGUUGAGGAGUCAUUUUUGUGUCAAGAGUCAUGUCAUGUAAUAUAUAUCUAUAUGGAGUCGUGUAUUCUCUGUACUAUCAGGCUACUAUGUUCUGUAUUAUAAAUUAGGGUUGGUGUUUCAUAUGAUCUUUUCAUACUGGCAUACAAUAUCUUUGUAUUUUUUUUUUGUAAUAUUUGGUUCAGAUGAUCUUUGCAUACUUG